AUGAAGUUUAUUUUUGCUUUCCUUUUAUUGGCUACGCUCUCCAUGGUGGUCAAUGCUAUUCCACAUCAACUUCUUAAAAGAACUACUGUCUUUAGUCAAUGCCCUCCUGUAAAAUCUGGAGAAGCACCACCACCUCUACUCAGUGUCAUACUUUCACCUGAUCCUGUCGCUCCUGGACAACCUGAUAGUGUUGCUAUUUCUGGAACACUAAGUCGUCCUGUCAUCGAUGGCGACAUUACUGCUGUUGGAUUUAUUGAUCUUGUAGCUAAGACUCCAAUAGGUGAUCCAGCUACUGCGCCAACCGACCCUAAAACACCAUUUUCUCAAGUAUUGAAUGUUGAUGUGCCAGCAAAAUUACCUGCUACAUACAUUAUUUUAGCUGGUGUUGGGAAUCCAAAAACACAGGAAGUUAUAGGCUGUGCAUUUAGUGUUGUUGGUGGUUCUGCUGAAUCUGUAGAUCUUGACUCUUAUCCCAUCCCAUUAUUAUAA